GAUGGAGGCGAGACGAGCUCCCCGUUCGGCGCGGCGCGCUCAUAUUCCAGGCGAACGACACUCGGCCGGGAAACCGUCAUGAUGUCCCCGAUUUGAUGACAUUGGUGAUAUCCAUAGCGGACGGAGAGCUACGUACCGACGAUUGACCCCUGAAUCAUCUCCAGAGAUUCGUCGUUGAUGGCGAGGCUGGACGGAACAUCUCGUGAACAAGAAGGUUUUCAUCCGAGAUUCCAACUCAUACCUGCUCAUUCACUCAGUCACUACCCAUUGACACUUUUCUCCCUCUUUCCCGCUCUUUUCCCCUCAUCUCCUGCCUCUUUUGUACGCUAUCUAGCCUCACGAAUGGAACCAUAACCGUCCUCUUGCAUUACUUGACUCCAAGCUAGUAGCUGCUGGGUUAGGGAACCCAACAAUUGGUCCUUGUCCUACCCGUUGGACCAAGUAGUGUGACUGAGAAGGUUUUCAAAUACCCAAUUACAUAGACUACGGACAUCGAAAGGAGUCGUCGUCAAGAAACGAGCUCAAAGACGAGGCUAAAUUGAGAACGAAUCCUUCAUCUUUUCUCUCACAAACCGCCAUCACUAUUCAAGCACCAAGCCGACUCCAGCUUCACCCCUUACCCUUUUUUUUUUUUCGCACACACAUCCCCAACCAACCAUGGCGCAACACGGCACAACCCUUUUACCUCGAAUGGACAUGGGAGACGGGAACAUGAACGGACCGGCGUGUAAAAUUUCGAUGCUCUGGAACUGGUACACCAUCGAUGCCUGCUUCCUCCACCAGUCCUGGCACAUCACCACGCGCGGCGCCUUCGCCGCCACCUGCAUCGGCAUCAUGUUGAUGGUCGUCAUGCUCGAGUUCCUGCGCCGGCUGGCCAAGGAAUACGAUGAGUGGAUCGUCCGUGACUUUCGAAGACGGUCGGCCUUGAUUAGCGAACAACAACGAUGUCUGCGUCAACAACCACGACAACGACAGGCUUCACCAUCAUCAUGUGGUACUGCGGAUGCAGCAGCAGCAAAGACUGCUGGACUUUUAGCGUGCACAACGUCCGCCGUCACCACCACCGGGAAGAGAAGAGGAGGAUACAUGGGAAGCAGCAGAACAACAACAACGACAACGACCACCACCACCCUCAAGUUCCGCGCCAGUCCGUUGCAGCAGCUGAUAAGGGCCCUGAUUCACGCCGUCAUGUUUGGCCUGGGGUAUCUGAUCAUGUUGCUGGCCAUGUACUACAAUGGCUAUGUGCUCAUCAGCAUCUGGAUCGGGGCGCUGCUCGGCAAGUUCUUGUGCGAUUGGUUGACGGUCAAGUUUGAGAUUCGUGGUGGAGAUGAGGAGGAGGAGGACAUGAUGAUGAGUGAUGGAUUCACGGACGAGGUGCCGAGGCUGCAGGGCGUGGAGGAUGCCACUGUUUGCUGUGGCUGAAAUAAGCCAGACGGGAUGAGGAAGUUGAGGAUGGAAGAAGGGACGGAAGAUGUAAUGACGACUGCGAUGAUACCUCUUUGUGCUUUUUCAUUUCCACUGUUGAUGACUAAUGAACUGGGCUUACACUCAACGCCGCUUGUUCGGUUUAUAUUUCUGUAUCUGCCUGGUUUCAUAACAUUAUUUGGCUAAAAGUUUUUGACGAUAUUAAAGAUCUGAAGAGGCUGACGGGCAAGAAGAGGAAAGGAUGGAAUGUCGCGGAGUAUCGCGUAAAGCGCUUGCUAAUCGCAAAGUCACACUGACCAUAGGGCUAAUAUGGAACUGAAGCUGUCACUCA